AUGUGUUCUUGCCACACCGCAGCUGCUGGAGGGUCAUCUGCUGCUGCUCAAGGUGCUCGUGGAGGUGCUGGAGUGCCGCCCCCUCGUGGCCUGCUCUCCACCCCACGGCCAUGGGCUGUUGCACCUGGUACGCUGUGUGCUGGGGGGAAGGGGGGCGGCAUGAUGAGGGUCUUCCGCCCCCUCUGCUCCGCCUCGCCCUCCCGCAACGCUGCCUUCACCCUCCUCCUCGCCCUCUGUGCCAAGAUCGCAGAAGCCUUGAAGGAGCUCACCUCUCGAUGCCCCACUGCCUGCACUUUGGCUGAGCUUUGCGGCACCUCACAACACUUCCCCCUCGCAAACCCCCACCCCUUAUCCUGUUACCGCCCCCUCCCCCCUGUUUCUUCCAUACAGACCCCUGAAGCCCUACGAGAGCUCGCCUCGCUGCUGCUGCCGCUGCACUUUGCCUCGGUGGAGCACGAGUUGCCUUCGUGGGAGUACCUCCCCAGCUGCGCCCCCCGGCCACGUGUGGGAUAUGCAGGCCUCAAGAACGCAGGAGCCACGUGCUACAUGAACAGUGUGUUCCAGCAGCUCUUCAUGCAGCCCCAAGUGCGCCGUGCCCUCCUUGCCUUCCCUGAGACACCCGAAUCGGACCGACCUCUGUCUGUGAUUUACCAAGUGCAGGCCAUUUUCAGCUAUCUGCUAGCAGGCUGCCCUGACUACUUUGUUCCAGAGGGCUUCUGGGAUGCCUUCAGGGACUACGACGGGCAGCCGGUGAACCUGAGGGAGCACCAAGACGCGUUUGAGUUCUUCAACCGGCUCUACGACUCGCUGGAUGAGAGCAUGAAGGCACAGCGGCAUUCCCCCACGCUCACCUCCAUUUUUGGCGGACAUUUUGCACAGCAGAUCAUCUGUCGAGGCUGCCCCCAUCGCAGUGAGAGGGAGGAGCCAUUUGCAGCAGUGAGUGUGGACGUGAAGGGCAAGCGCGGGCUGCAGGAGUCACUAGAGGCGUUUGUGCAAGGGGACUUGCUGGAGGCAGAUAACGCCUACUUCUGUGGGCAGUGCGGCAAGAAGGAGUCGCUAGAGGCGUUUGUGCAAGGCGACCUGCUGGAGGCAGAUAACGCCUACUUCUGUGGGCAGUGCGGCAAGAAGGUGGACGCGUUGAAGCGCGCAUGCAUCAAGACUCUGCCGCCCACCCUGAUAAUCCACCUGAAGUGCUUCGACUUUGACUACGAGACGAUGCAGCGGCUGAAGCUCAAACAUGUCCUCUGCUCUCUGCCCUUGUUGUUUACUCCACCCUCCAACACCUCCGUUGCCCUACUUCCUUCUCCCUUGCAGGUCGAUGCAUUAAAACGUGCGUGCAUCAAGACCCUGCCGCCCACCCUGAUAAUCCACCUGAAGCGAUUCGACUUUGAUUAUGAGACGAUGCAGCGGCUGAAGCUCAAGGACCGAUUCACCUUCCCCCUCUCUCUCAACAUGCGGCCGUUCACCCGCGAAGGGCUUGCUCAGAAGGAGAGAGAGCAGAGAAGGGGACGGGUAGGGGGUGCAGAGGGGAAGGAGGAAGGGAGGGACGAGGGGGGAGAGUUAGAGCAGGGGCGGGAGGAGGGAGAGGGGGAGGAUAAAGGAGGUGAAAGCGUGAAGGAAUCCAGAGAGGAUAGGGUUGAAGGGGCUGUGGAGGAGAAGGGAGCUGGAGGUGGGGAGGAGAGGAGCGACGGGUAUUAUGAGUACAGCUUGGUGGGAGUGGUGGUGCAUUCUGGAACAGCGUUUGCGGGGCAUUAUUACUCGUACAUCAAGGAGAGGAGCGGCGAUUCUCCGCUGCAUCACAGUCGUCCAUCUCAAUCCGUGCGGUCGAAGCAGCGGUGGCUGUGCUUCGAUGACAAGCGAGUGGAGGCGUACGACGUGAGAGAGCUGGAGAAGGACUGCUUCGGAGGGAAGUACUCCGCUGAGGUGUAUGACAACCUCAUCAAGACCUCGUCGCCACAGGAGUUUGACCGGCCCAACAGCGCGUACAUGCUUUUCUAUGAGCGAAUCGCUCCCACUGCUGCUGCUGCUACCAGCACUACCAGUGCUGCCCCUGUGGCCGCCAAUACCACGGCAUCCACCACUGCCACAGGUGGUGCUGCCAAUACAGCUGCAACUGCAGAAGGGAUGAGGGCGACAGGAGAGGCGCCAGCAGCGGCAGCCGCAGCAGAGACAGCAGCAGGCGCCCCAACCAUUACAACCACUGCCAUCACCAUCACCCCAUGCACAGCAGCAGAGGAGAGGGCGGAUGGAGCAGUGGAGCCGUAUAGCAUCCCCCCCAGCAUACACCACUGCGUGUGGCAAGACAACCUCAGGUUUCAGCAGGAGUCACGGCUAUUGGAUCAGACAUACUUCCGCUUCCUGCUGCAGCUCGCACGGGUCAACCUCGACGUCUUUCAAAUGUGCCAUGACCGAGGAAAAAUGGCGGCGUUAUCAGACGCAAGGGCGGGCGGGGUGAAGGCGUCACCACAGCGCAGCGAAGCACUGCGGGUGGAGCGAGCAGCGGAGGAGACUGCAGAGGCGCUGCUGUCGCUGCUGCUGCCGUUCCUCUUCCGCGUCUACCUGAGAGCGCAUGCCAGCCUAAGGACAGAGGAUCCUCUCUGGACGGAUGUGCUGUCGCGCAUGCUCGACGCCAACAGCACAGCCUGCCGCCUCUUCAACGCGUGCAUGGCGGGCAACAGGCGGUGGCUCUUGCUCUUCCUCCUCAAAUGCCCCAUCAACGCCAUCUCUGUGGCUGUAGCGGACCUGCUGGUAACCAGCUGCCACAGUGCCACCUGCUUCCUCAACGCACGCACCCUAGUGCCUGCUGCUGCACUGCCCACUGCAACUCCUGCUGCUGCAGUUGGUGGGGCUCUUGAAGGGUCAGCAGGGGAUGCUGCUGGGGUCUCUGGAACAGCAGGGGCAGCAGGAGGGGUGGCAGGGGCAGGUGCAGCGGGGGGGGAUGCAUUGAAUGUGGACGCGUUGAUUGAUUCGCUGGUGUCGCUGCUGAGAGACGCCAGUGCCCCCUCCUGCCACGUGGACAACCUCUGCAGCAUCUUAGUGGAGUAUGCACGCAUCGGCCCUACCCAGCGCCUCUCCCUCAUUCGCAGACAGCUGCCCGCCACCUGUCUGGACUACCUGGAUCGAGUGGGGAUUGCAGCAGCAGCCAAGCUCCAUCUCUCGCCCCUCCACUCCCUCCUCUCCAUCCUCAUCCGCUCCUGCUACCCUCGCCCUCCCCCCUCUCGCCGCCCCACCCCCGCUUCCACCCCUGCAUCAGCGGGGGAUGUGGGGGGGAAUGAGGAGGGGGAAGGGGAAGGGGACGAGGGGGAAGGGGAAGCAAGGGCGCAUGGAAGGGGGAGGAGGAAGGGGGAGGGGAGGUUGCAUGGGAGGGAGGAGAAGGGCAAGGGGAAGGCGGGGCAGGGGGGAGGAGAGAGGCGGAGGGGGUAUGGUGGGGCUUCUGCAGGGGCAGCAGGGGCGGCAGGGGCAGUGGGGGAGGUGGAAGAGGAGGGAGGGGAGGAGGAGGACGCUGGGUUGCAAAAUCCGGCGUUUUUUGGCCGCCCGGUGGCGGUGCUGCCGCCCCGUGUGGCUCAGCUUGCAGCAGACCCAGACUACAUAACGUCGAAUCUAGACAACCAGAACACCGUCUCUCUCCUCCUCUACAUCUCCUUCGGCAACGAGAGCGAAAGCAUUACUGUGCUUCGGGAGGCCAUGAGCUCAUUGCAACGAGCAGCAGUCACAUCGUCUCGUCGCAUUCUCUCGUUGCUGCUGCACCUACUCAAGCUGCCAGAUGCCCUUCAAGAGGCACGCCAGGAGUCAGUGGUGAACGGCUGCCAGUUCUUCCGCCCAGGCGUCUUCGACCUUCUUCUUGCCAAGCAAGUGUCUCCCCUGAAACGCUACGCACUGCUCAAGUUCCUGCUGGCAACAGCAGCCUUCAGCACCAUGUCGCGGCGCCACAUCGCGGUGAGGCGGGCAGACCUGAGCGCCGUGCUGCAAUGGCUGCAGGAGGAGACUGCGAAUGCGCCCGGGCACGAUCUGUCCAAUGAGGAGCUGCCAUCUGGCACGCUGCGCCGCACUGCCACUGUGGAUUCGACCAUUGCCACGGGGCUGAGUCUCAUCAGCCUGCCACAUGAACCCAAUGCAUGA